AUGUCGAAGAGUUAUCUUGAGCUGAUUGCAGAGACGGACCAGUUUCCAUACGAUGACGAUCAGACGGUCGAGGCCAAGGCCCUGCGUGACGGCUUGUUCAAGCUACUGUGGGAAGAUGAAGACGGCCAAUAUGCCAUCGGCUACGUCCGGGACUGGGUCAUCGAUGAGCUGUCCAGAACGCCGCAAGACAUACGGGGCGACAUGCGCCUAAACACAUCCGACCGGACCGUCAUGCUGUUCUAUACACCAAAGACGGAAGAAGAGCGAACCCGUGCCGUCACCGCGCUGACUGGCUAUUGGCGUGAGAAGGGCAUCUUCAAGUCACUCAAGGGCUGGCGCAACGAGCUUUGGCCGGUGUAUGAUCGAAAGGGGGGGCUCAUCUUCAGCGUGGAGAGGGCUGCCAUGGGCCUCUUUGGCACUGCACGGUAUGGCGUGCACAUGGUUGCCUACGUCCAGCAUCCAACCGCCCCCUACGGCAUCAAAGUCUGGGUGCCAAAGCGAGCAGCCGACAAGUCAACCUUCCCCGGCAUGCUGGACAACACCGUGGCUGGCGGUCUGAUGACGGGCGAGGACCCCUUUGAGUGCAUCAUCCGAGAGGCAGACGAAGAGGCGAGCCUCCCCGAUGCUCUGGUCCGCGGCAGUGCUGAAUGGGUUGGUAAUGUCACCUACAUAUACAUCACCGAGGCGAAGCACGUUGGAGAGGAUGGCUACAUUUACCCCGAGUGCCAAUGGGUCUAUGAUCUCGAGCUACCUGCCGACGUCGUGCCCCUUCCAAAAGAUGGCGAGGUCGAAGAGUUUCGGCUGUGCGACGUGGACGAGAUCAAGAGGGACUUGCGGGCCGGGAAAUUCAAGCCCAAUUGCGCACUGGUCAUGAUCAACUUCUUCAUCCGCCAGGGCAUCCUGACCGAGGCCAACGAGCCUGAAUUGGCUGCCAUCCAGGCAAGAAUGCACCGAGAGCUUCCCUUUCCCGGCCCGCAUCAGAAGGAUUGGCCUGGCUCAGUGGCCAAGCAGGCGGCUAAAGCAACAUAG